AUGACUGCAAGCCACUUCAUCGUGUUCUCUGUUAUGAUUGCAAUCUGUAACAGUCAAAGAUCACCUUAUGCUGGACGCAGACCUAUAGGCUUUCCAAUAGUUGACACUACAACUACAACAACAACUACUGAUAACUUAGGAAAUAGGUUUGGGGAAAAUGGAACCACAACUACCACCACUACUCAGCGACUACCUAUAGAAGCACUAGGGGAUAGAGAGUUGGUCAAUCGACUGGGCAAGUUACCAGAAGACAAGCAACCGUUUUGGUUUCUCAACUGGCAAGCAUUAGAGGAGUUCAGAAAACAACCACAAUCUUUUGAAUUACGUCCUAGUGUGUUUGUAGAAAAUUCUUUUAGCACUUUUCAAAAUACAAAUCAAAAUGUCCAGCCAAACGAGCAAAACGUUCCAAGUUUACAGCAGAACCCUCGGCCGAUUGAAAACCAAAAUUUGCAACCAAAUCUUCUCAGAUUAAGUGGAACAAACAAUCAAAGUUUGCAAUCAAAUCUUAUCCCAGCUGAAAACAACGGUCAAAAUUUUUCUCAACCU